AUGAACCUGGAAUUGGACAGCGGAUUGGCAUUGCUACGGAGCCUCGGGGAGCUCGACAAGGCCCUUGGGGUCGGCGACUCUGGCGACGACACCGCGUUGAACAUGAUCAACCCGUGUGUCUCCUGGAGCGUGGGCAAGCUCCCGGCGACUUUGGAGAAACUCAAGGGGUACAGCUGUGAGGAGGCGGCGGUGGUAAGCGCCGCAAGACCUCACUUUGCGAUGAGAAAAGUGUCCAUUGCGGUGACCAAUGCGGACUCCCAGGGCAAACCGAGGCAAACGAGACAACGGUUGAGUGACAGAGCAAAGUACUUGCUCGAGCUGGCGUUUGACAGAAAGUCGGCUCCAAACAAGAAGGAGAGGGAGCUCCUCGCGGAGAAGUGCGGCAUCACUCCUUUGCAGGUGAGAGUCUGGGUAUGUAAAGAUCGAGACACGGUGGAGAGCUGAUACUAACUGCGGCAGUUUACGAACCAGCGGAUGCGCAAGAAGAAGAAUUGGUGA